AUGAUAAGACUAGCAUGGCGUCGCUCGGUGUCCAGAAAUAGCCGCGUGGAGCCUGCACGCCUUCUGACUGCAGCUGUGUUGGCAGCGGACAGUCCACCACAGCACUCCGGGGGUAACAUUAGGUGUUUCAGACACUUUCCCCACCCACCAAGCGACAGGGCACCGCGCCACCACCAUCCCCAGCCGGCCUACCACCUCAGUUCAAUUGUCUUUCUGAGCAUGGCGUCAGGGGGGGAAGGCACGUCGCCCGCCCCUCACAAACACAGCAACAGGUUGGCCAUGGAGAGGUCGCCCUACCUGCUGCAACAUGCACACAACCCUGUUGACUGGUAUCCAUGGGGACAAGAUGCUUUUGAUAAAGCAAAGAGUGAAGACAAACCGAUCUUUUUGUCAGUGGGCUACUCAACGUGCCAUUGGUGCCACGUUAUGGAGAGAGAGUCUUUCGAAGAUGAGGACAUUGGCAAAAUCCUAAGUGACAACUUCGUCUGCGUCAAAGUAGACCGAGAAGAGAGACCUGACGUGGACAAGGUCUACAUGACCUUUGUCCAGGCGACCAAUGGAGGCGGAGGCUGGCCCAUGAGUGUGUGGCUGACCCCUGACCUUCGACCUUUCAUUGGAGGCACCUACUUCCCUCCUGUGGAUCAUGCGAGAAGACCUGGGCUCAAAACAGUUCUCACCAGAAUCAUGGAACAGUGGCAGAAUAACCGCCCUGCGUUGGAGUCCAAUGGAGAGAGGAUCCUUGAAGCUCUGAAGAAAGGCACGGCUGUCGCUGCAAACCCAGGAGAGAGUCCUCCACUGGCUCCAGCUGUUGCUGAUCGCUGCCUCCAGCAGCUGGCACAUUCCUACGAGGAGGAGUACGGUGGCUUCAGAGAAGCUCCCAAGUUCCCCACACCAGUGAACCUGAUGUUCCUCAUGUCCUACUGGUCUGUGAAUCGCUCCACCUCAGAGGGCGUCGAGGCUCUUCAGAUGGCCCUGCACACGCUCCGCAUGAUGGCGCUGGGAGGCAUCCACGACCACGUGGCUCAGGGCUUUCAUCGUUACUCCACAGACUCCUCCUGGCAUGUUCCCCACUUUGAAAAGAUGUUGUAUGACCAGGCUCAGCUGGCUGUAGCCUACAUAACUGCCUCCCAGGUAUCCGGUGAGCAGCUCUUUGCAGAUGUGGCUAAAGACAUACUGCUGUACGUCUCCAGGGACCUGAGUGACGAGUCCGGAGGCUUCUACAGUGCCGAGGACGCAGACUCCGUCCCCGCGUCGGGGGGCCCAGAGAAGCGCGAAGGGGCUUUCUGCGUCUGGACAGCCUCAGAAGUUCGGGAGCUGUUUCCAGAUGUGGUGGAGGGCGCCACUGGAGCUGCCACACAGGCGGACAUCUUCAUGCACCACUACGGAGUCAAGGAGCCGGGCAAUGUCCCUCCAGAACAGGACCCCCACGGGGAGCUGCAGGGCCAGAAUGUGCUGAUCGUGCGUUACUCAGUGGAGUUAACGGCUGCUCGCUUUGGCAUCGGCGUUGAGAAAGUCGACGAGCUGCUGGCCUCCGCCAGGACCAGCAUGGCGGGAGUGAGGGAGAGUCGGCCACGCCCACAUCUGGACACCAAGAUGUUGGCCUCCUGGAACGGUCUGAUGCUGUCGGCCUAUGCCGGCGUCGGAGCCGUGCUGGGGGACGAGGCCUUGCUGGAGAGGGCGGUCCGGGCUGCCGGCUUCCUCAAGGAGCACCUGUGGGACGCAGAGCGACAGACCAUCCUCAGAUGCUGUUACCGUGGAGACGAGAUGGAGGUGCAACAGAUAUCUCCGCCCAUCUCUGGCUUCUUGGAUGACUACGCCUUCAUCAUUUGCGGCUUGCUGGACCUGUACGAGGCCUCGCUGCAGACGGAGUGGUUGCAGUGGGCAGAGGAGCUGCAGCUCAGGCAGGACGUGCUGUUCUGGGACGACCAGGACGGAGGCUACUUCUGCAGCGACCCCACUGACGCCUCCAUCCUGCUGCAACUCAAAAAAGAUCAGGACGGAGCGGAGCCCAGUGCUAACUCAGUGUCUGCCUCCAACCUCCUGCGUCUGUCCCACUACACCGGGAGACAGGAGUGGCUCCAGAGGUCCCAACAGCUGCUGGCAGCCUUCUCCGACCGCCUCUCCAGGGUCCCCAUAGCGCUGCCGGAAAUGGUCCAAGCUCUCAUGGCCCAUCACUACACACUCAAACAGAUCGUGAUCUGUGGCCAGAGAGACGCCGCAGAUACCACAAGUCUUCUAGCAGCAGUCAACUCCCUGUUUCUACCACACAAGGUUUUGAUGCUCACUGAUGGCGACGCAGACGGUUUCCUGUGCCAGCGUCUGCCCGUCCUCUCCUCCAUGUCCCAGCAGGGUGGAGUCGCCACAGCCUACGUCUGCCAGGACUUCACCUGCUCUCUUCCUGUGACGGACCCCCAGGAACUGCGCAGGCUGCUGUUGGACGGACCCCCGGAGAUACAGGCCGAGUGACGGCUUUAGCAGGACUGCGAUCUUCACAGCGCUUCGCUUCUAUCGGCGACACCUCAGUUUCUUUUAGCAGGCUUUCAGAGACCGUUGAGCCAUUUUGAAAUUCAGGUUUCUGAAUGUCCUCAUGAGGAAAUAUGCAAAGCAGCAGCAGCCUUCUGAAAUGUUGUCUACGUUGUGCACAGCUUGACUUUUACUCUUCAUAGACCCCAGAACACUUUGAUGAAGCGAUCUGACCUGAUCGUGUCCUGUGUGUGUUGUGUGUGUGUGUGUGUGUGUGUGUGUGUGUGUGUGUGUGAAAAACAUGUUGUUUUGCAGCUUUGUCUGUGUCCACGUGCAUGAAUUUCAGAAGUUUAUUGUGCAUUUGAUUUGCAGUAGUGUCACCGUGGAGAAGCUGCUCUCCGUCUCCCAUCUGCUGUCGCGUGAGAGGAUCCUCCUCCACUCGUCUCGAGGCUUUUAUCUGACAACACGCCAUGAACACGCACGACCCUGAAUAAUAAAAGAUAUUUC